AUGUCUGAACCGGAUCUGGCCGGCACGGUUGGCAGCCCAAACAGCGCCGACAGCGUGCAUCGACAGGCUGCCAUCCUCGACCGUCAUCUUCCCGAGGGCUACUCGGCCGAUCCAGAGCUGGGAGGCUCCAACAGUAAUGGCAAUGGCAAUGGCAACGAGAAUAACGGGAGCAGCGACGCAACGCCGACCCUCGAGACGCUCGAGUCCUCGCUCAAGCUUCAGGGCGGCGACAUCCAUCGCGACAUGUUCAAGAUCAAGGCCAAAGCAGGCUCUCUCCGCCGAUCCAAUACCUUCUCUCACCGCCGCUCGCCCGACCUGAGUCCGGCAGGCGAGUUGACGCACUCUGAGCAGCUCGAGCCCGGCGGUUUCAGGCGGCAGCACCUGCGGCGCCGAGCUCGACAGAGGCAGCAGAGCGGCAUGAUUGUGGCCAACACGUUCGUUGACUUCCUCGACCUCUACGGCAGCUUUGCCGGCGAAGCGCUCGACGAUACGGACGACGAUGACGAGUCUGCCGUCACUGAUGAGGCGGAAGAAGCCGCCGACGAGCGGCGUCCGCUGCUUGCGCGACCGAGUGCUGGUCGCCGGAGAAGCUCCCGCCGUCUUGCCCGCCAGGGUGACGCGAGCACAGUCAAGACCUUCUUCACGCUGCUCAAGGCUUUCAUCGGCACAGGCAUCCUGUUCCUGCCCAAGGCAUUCCGCAACGGAGGUAUCCUCUUUUCGUCACUGGCGCUCAUCUCCGUGUCACUGGUCAAUUGCUUCUGUUUCCGCUUACUUCUGGACUGCCGCCACAAGUACGGCGGUGGCUAUGGAGACAUUGGCGAGGCCGUCGUUGGACCCCGGUUUCGAAGCUUGAUUCUCGCCUCCAUUGCCAUUUCUCAGCUGGGCUUCGUCUGCUCAGGCAUUAUCUUCACUGCUGAAAAUCUCUUCUCCUUCCUCGACGCUGUCACCAACGGCCUUGGUCAUUUCGGGGUGUCGGGCCUAAUUGCGCUUCAGUUCCUCCCUCUCAUUCCGUUAGCCUGGAUCCGCAACAUCUCCAAGCUGGGUCCGGUUGCUCUGGUGGCGGACGCCUUCAUCCUCAUUGGACUCGUAUACAUCUGGUAUUUUGACAUUCGAAGCCUGGUCAGGCACGGUAUGGAGCCAAGCGUCAAGCUCUUCAACCCCUCCGAUUUUCCCCUGACUCUGGGCUCGGCGAUCUUCACGUUUGAGGGCAUUGGCCUGAUCCUGCCAAUUCAGUCGAGUAUGAAGAAGCCUCAUCAGUUCAAGGGCCUCCUCUACUUUGUCAUGCUCCUCAUCACGGCCAUCUUCACAUCAGUCGGCGCACUCUGCUAUGCGACGUUUGGAGAACACACCAAGAUUCAAAUCAUCUCCAAUUUUCCCCAGGACUCGCCUCUCGUCAAUGCAGUCCAGUUUCUCUACUCGCUGGCCGUACUGGCUGGCGAGCCUGUGCAGCUGUUCCCCGCGAUCCGCAUAUUGGAAACGUCGAUUUUCGGAGAGCGCGCCACUGGUAAGAAGAGCGCGGCAAUCAAGUGGAAGAAGAACGGCCUCCGGGCCUUGACCAUUGUGGCAUGCAUCGGCGUGGCGGUGGUGGGAGCAAGUGAUUUGGAUAAGUUUGUGGCGCUGACGGGAUCUUUUGCCUGCAUUCCAUUGGUCUACAUGUAUCCGGCAUUCCUGCAUUUCAAGGGCGUUGCUGAGAGCAGGUGGGAGAAGACUUUGGACGCAGUGACAAUGGUGGUGGGAGCCGUUGCCAUGGUCUAUACGACAUCCGUCAUUGUAUCGCAAUGGGUUGGAGGCUGA